CCCUCUGCCGAGCCUUGCAACGGUGCAAUGAAGUUUGUGGAUUGCGUCAUGGCCUGCCUCCAUUUUCUUUCAACGCCCUCGCCCGUUUUCUUCACCGGCCGUGCGAUUCGGCAUCUCUUGCAGCAACUCGGAUCAUGUUUGGGGUUUUAAUGGCUCUGGAUGUACUGCAAGAGCGCGGCAUGAGUGUGGCGGAUGUGAAGUGGGGGGACUCAAGUAGAUGUCGUUUUCCCUUGCUGGAGGUGUUGCAUCCUCUGCCGCUGCCAUAUAUGGUUGUCUUGUACGCCGUCAUGUUUAUUUGCUCCGCCAUGAUAUCUCUCGGUCUCCUGUGGCGCGUCUCCUGCAGCGUCUUCGUGGCUUCGUACUGGUACCUGUUCCUCCUGGACAAAUCCUCCUGGAACAACCACUCCUAUCUGUACGGUCUGCUGUCGUUCAUCCUCCUGCUGUCUGAUCCUCACCGCUGCUGGUCCUUAGACGGAAUAAGGAAGCCAGGCAUCCGAAACAGCCACGUCCCCUUCUGGAGCUACGCGUUACUUCGAACUCAGGUCUUCCUCCUCUACUUCUUGGCCGGGAUCAAGAAACUCGACCCUGAUUGGCUGUUGGGAUACUCGAUGCGGAACCUCUCCGAACAUUGGGUCUUUUCGGUGUUCAGACCGAUCCUGAGCAACAACAACAUUGACUACUUCAUAAUACAUAUGGGGGGUUUCACGCUGGACCUUACCAUUGGCCUCUUUCUCCUGUGCGAUUCCACGAGAAAACCUGCUCUCUUCUUCGGCUCCGCUUUUCACCUCAUGAAUUCGCAGAUUUUCUCGAUAGGUAUGUUUCCUUGGGUAUGUCUGGCGACUCUGCCGAUCUUCUGCAACUUGUCCUGGCCGCGACCUCUCCUCUCGUCGUUGCAGAAACUCCUGCGUCUUCCUCUCAGAACCUUCCACGACAGGUUUUUGCCAUCCAGGCAGAAUAGCGACGAGGGGUCUUCGGCGGACGACGACGCCACGACUUACAGCUGGUCGUCCAUUUCUCGGCAGGAAAAGAUCAGACUCUACACCUCCAAGAAGCUGAACAGGACGCCUCCUCAGCACUGGAGGGAUGAGAAGUCUAUCUCGGGGAAAGGAACUGGUGCCGUGGGUGAUACUAUGGAGCAAAGGGCGUCUGUAGCGGGUGCAGAGAGGGCGAAAGUUGGAGAGAUGGAACAGGUGGAUAAACAGACAACGAAGCUAGGAACUCUGCAAAGAAAUCGGUCCUGUGUUUAUUCAGACACUGACCAAGAAGUAACUGCGAGACAAAAGGUGACGAGCGUGUUGGUUGUGGCUUACCUGUGUCUCCAGCUGUUUCUGCCUUUCUCCCAUUUCAUCACCAAGGGUUACAAUACCUGGACUGAAGGCCCCUAUGGCUACAGCUGGGACAUGAUGGUGCACUCCUGGGACACUCUCCACGUCAAGAUCACGGUAGUCAAGCUGGACACCGGAAAGAAGUUCUAUAUUGAUCCCAAUGUCUACGUCAACAACGGGCGCUGGACCAGCCACGUGGACAUGGCGGUGCAAUACGGGCGUUGCAUAGAGAGCCGUCUUCGUGGCCACGGUUAUUCCAACAUUUCUCUGCAUUUCGACGUCUGGAGGUCACUUAAUGGGAGGUUCCAGCAGCGGGUUUACGACCCUAGUGUGGAUAUUCUUACAGCUCCUUGGUCACCGUGGGAAAAGACUCCGUGGGUGUUGCCCGUGUUGGUCGAGCUAAGUCAAUGGCGUGAUAAAUUGAGGGAACUUCAGGAAGGACAAACCUCACCUUAUUCUGACAGGAUAUUUGUAGCAGACUUUCCCGGCAUGAUGCUGGAAAACUUUCUCAGUGAAGAUCUUUCCAACGUUACGAUAGAGGUUCUCCACGGGGAAGUGAGGGUUCUUGUGCCAGCAGUGGAAGGGGGACCCGCCUCUGUUGACCACGAGGAGGGCGAGGAACAGGCGGAAGAGCCAGCGCAGAACAAGGCCUGGAAAGUGGUACACCUGAGCAACAGGGCAGAAAUCGCGAAUGCCAGCUGCCACUCGCAGGAAGGCGAAGACAAUUUCCUCGCUCACGGAGAAUGUUUCCCCGAGGAUUCGAACGAAGCCAAAGAUUUGAAGGUUCGAUCAGUGGUUCUCCGCGAGGGCGAAUCCAUGGCCCUUCCCAGCGGCACUUUUCACUCUGUCGUCACCACGUCGGCGACGCCUUCCUCGUACAUGUAUACAUUCGUGAACACAACCAUACAAAAGCAAAUCACUGGCAGCACUAACGAUGAACGCUCAGGUACCCCUAAACCUACAAACAUCUGUAGUAAUCACGUCACCGAGGAUUACUUCACACGCACCAGCAAGAAAACCAAGAUGGCAUCGGAAUCCAAAGACUGUAAAACCAAACUGGACGAGACCAAGCCAUCAAUCCACACACCUGAUGGGGACAAGAACGUGCAGUCUUACCAGCAGGAGUCAGGGGCGAGAGGGGUGGUCUGUGGCAUGCCGACAGUCUUGGACUUCGUGAGGUUUGUGAGACUGAAACUCGCCGCUUUCAAAAGGAGUGCCAGGCUGCUCCGGGACGCCUGCAGGUAUAUUGUUGCGGGAAUCCCCAUGGAUGUAGCCAGGUAAUAUGCGAACAAG